AAUUGUGCCACGCCGCUCAUGAACUGUCAAAUUGCGUUGUCGAAAAACGUAUAGGAAUAGGAGGUUGCCGGCGAAAUAUUUCUCUUAAUUACAGUUAUUUAUCUACAAUACUAUUUAUGUGAAAUAAUACAAACGAGAAAAAUAUCACAAACCCAAAAUGACGGUGGAGGUGCAAGCUAAGGCGUCGAGGCUGCCACAGCUUUCGUCAGACAAACAACUAACAUUUAUAAAAUUAGCUGUUUUAUCAAUGGCAGCAAUAUUAUCAUUCGGAACACGUCUGUUUUCUGUGUUACGGUUUGAGAGUGUGAUCCACGAGUUUGAUCCAUACUUCAACUACAGAACAACAAGAUACCUCACAGAGGAAGGAUUCUACAACUUCCACAAUUGGUUUGAUGAUAGAGCAUGGUAUCCGCUGGGGCGUAUUAUUGGUGGGACCAUCUACCCUGGCCUGAUGGUAACGUCCGCCACACUUUACAACAUCAUGCAGUUCUUGAACAUCACUAUAGACAUCAGAAAUGUUUGUGUGUUCUUGGCACCAUUCUUCUCCUCUCUAACUACCAUUGUGACCUACCUGCUCACCAAGGAACUUAAGGAUGAAGGCGCCGGCCUGGUCGCCGCGGCUAUGAUCGCCAUCGUCCCUGGCUACAUCAGCCGGUCCGUCGCCGGCAGCUACGACAACGAAGGCAUCGCUAUAUUCUGCAUGCUCCUCACUUAUUACUUCUGGAUCAAGGCCGUCAACACCGGUACCAUCCUCUGGGCCACUAUGACUGCUCUCGCGUAUUUCUACAUGGUGUCAUCGUGGGGUGGUUACGUGUUCCUAAUCAACUUGAUCCCGCUGCACGUGCUAGCGCUCAUGCUGCUGGGCCGGUUCUCUGCGCGCGUGUACGUGGCCUACAGCACGCUGUACUGUGUCGGGACUAUACUCUCCAUGCAGAUCUCUUUCGUAGGAUUCCAGCCUGUACAGAGCUCUGAGCAUAUGCUGGCGUUAGGCACAUUCGGUCUCUGCCAGCUGUACGCCUUCACCCAGUACCUGCGCGAGCGCCUCUCGCCGGCCAACUUCGAGUUGCUGUUCAAGGCUCUCCUCACAACACUGCUGGCUACACUCGGAACUGCUGUGGUAGCUCUUACACUUACCGGUAAAAUUUCACCAUGGACCGGAAGAUUCUACUCGCUGCUCGACCCCUCAUACGCCAAGAACCACAUUCCCAUUAUUGCGUCAGUAUCAGAGCACCAGCCGACCUCGUGGUCUUCGUUCUACUUUGACCUGCAAGUCCUGGUGUUCCUGUUCCCCGCGGGACUGUACUUCUGCUUCAGCAAGCUCACUGAUGCUAACAUCUUCAUCAUCCUCUAUGGAGUACUCAGUAUCUACUUUGCUGGUGUGAUGGUCCGUCUUAUGCUGGUUUUGGCGCCGGUCAUGUGUAUCGUGUCUGGAGUGGCCGCUUCCAGCCUGCUUAGUCUUCACGUUAAGGAUAUUGAACCCAAAGUUGAGAAGCACGAGAAGAAGAAGAAGCAUGAAAACAAUUUGGUGUUCCGUUCUGAGGUGGGCGCGCUGUUCGUGUGCGUGCUGGGCUGCCUGCUGGUGUCGUACGUGUUCCACUGCACGUGGGUCACGUCGGAGGCCUACUCGUCGCCCUCCAUCGUGCUCUCCGCGCGCGCUCACGACGGCGCCAGGAUCAUCUUCGACGACUUCCGCGAGGCCUACACCUGGCUCAAGAUGAACACGCCCGAGGAUUCCAAAGUGAUGUCGUGGUGGGACUACGGGUAUCAGAUAACAGCGAUGGCGAAUCGAACAGUAAUAGUGGAUAACAACACUUGGAACAACACGCACAUCUCGCGCGUCGGCCAGGCGAUGGCCUCCACUGAGGACAAGGCUUAUGAGAUCAUGCAGGAGUUGGAUGUUGACUAUGUGCUCGUUAUAUUCGGAGGAUUAGUCGGAUAUUCGUCGGACGACAUCAACAAGUUCCUGUGGAUGGUCCGCAUCGGCGGCAGUACGGAGCGCGGCGCCCACAUCCGCGAGGCGGACUACUACACGCCCUCCGGAGAGUUCCGCGUCGACAGCGACGGCUCCUCCACGCUGCUCAACUGCCUCAUGUACAAGAUGAGCUACUACAAGUUCGGGCUCGUUUACACUGAAGGAGGCCGGCCGCCGGGCUUCGACCGCGUCCGCGGCGCUGAGAUCGGCAACAAGGACUUCAACCUGGACGUGCUGGAGGAGGCCUACACUACCGAGCACUGGCUCGUGCGCAUCUACAAGGUCAAGCCGCUGCCCAACCGGGGCCUGUGAACACCGCCCGCCCACUGACUGAUAAACAGGAAUACAUACACAACACACAUUCUGAAAGGUGUAUUACAUGAAUUUUAUAACAAUUUAACUGUACAUUCCCAGGCAUUGUUAAGAUCAGCAAUUGAAUGUCGUUACAACAAGUAGAUCUGAUCCAGUCAACUGCUGCGAUUGAAACACCUUUCAGAAACCAAGGCUUGAAAGUCAAUUCACACAUCUCAAGGUCAACUAAAGUCAGAAUAAAAGUUCUCUAAUAUGAUUCUAAUAUUUUAACGUUAACAUCACGCAAUUUAGAGCUCAUUUAAUUUUUAACCUACUAAAGUUUUAGCUUGUUUUUAUAACAAGCUAAAACUUCUGAAACACCUUUCAGAAACCAAGGCUUGAAAGUCAAUUCACACAUCUCAAGGUCAACUAAAGUCAGAAUAAAAGUUCUCUAAUAUGAUUCUAAUAUUUUAACGUUAACAUCACGCAAUUUAGAGCUCAUUUAAUUUUUAACCUACUAAAGUUUUAGCUUGUUUUUAUAAAUUAGAGAAUUGAAUAUUUUUAGAUCAAUUACUUAGAUUUUAUUAAUUACACCACGGCAAUAUUUCCCGGUCGCCGUUGUGAACAUUUUCUUCCAAAAUUCGAUUCAAAUUUAAUGUGUAAAACUAGAAGUUAAGGAGCUAGCGGUAUAAAACUGGCAACAACUGUUAAUACAUUUCGAAUUAUCCUUAAAAAAGUAAUCAUAAAAAUAAUAAUAUGUUUCUGUACUGUUUAUCAGUCAGGUUACACUAACAUUAGUUUAGUAAAAUUAAGCAAAAGUGAUAAUUAUUGGGAAUAUUUAUAUGUUAGCAUAUCGACAAUCCUCACCUUGCGUUGACCAAUUCUAGCCAAACGCAUUUCGCGUUGAUCACACAAUUAAUUCUAGUACUGACAAGAGAAAUUAUUCAUCUUAUACUAGUCAGAAAUAGUAUCCAGACUUUCAUACUUGUAUACUACAAUAUAAUUGUGUUUUCGGCGCAUUACUACUUAGUGUGUUUGCAACACAGUACCCCCAGCACAAAUCAUUUUAACAUACAUCAAAACUUAGAAUAAACCCCACAUUUAAAUCUACUGCAGUCAGAAACAUUGAAUUGUCGUGUAAUUUGUGUUAAAAUGAUUUGUACUAAGGGCACAGUUUUUGUAAUUUUAUAAGUACGAUGAGAAUGAAAGUGUAAGACGAAAGUUAUCGUGCGAGCCACGUUACCUGUUUAGAGUGCAAUCUUGUAUGGACGUAAUCUAAUAAGUUAUCGACUAAUGCCCGAGUUCUCAACGACUGAAUGUGGAGAAACUGUGUUAACUAUAGUCUCGUGUAAAUGACUGGUUAAAAAACAUAAAACUUAUGUAUUGGACUUGGAAAGGGCUCUCAGAAGUAGCAAUAUAGCGGGCGGUGAUAGAAGACUAUAGAUUAUUUUAAGUUGUAAGGGUCACAACGUUUUUGAACAUCCAUAUUUGUCUCACUGCCCAGUUCUUACAAGUUCUAACCCGCGACAGUGGCCUACUUGACUCGGAACUUCUAUACCAAUUAAAGUUAAAAUAAUAACUUUGUAAAUCUUUUAUUAUAACUCUGGUAAGUAUAACCUUUCGUCUGUAAGACUUAGGUGCUGUUUAAACUUCUAGGGCAAACA